AAGCAGUUACAAAAAAGUAAACUAAACUCAAACACAGCUUAUCUUAACUCAUACUGCUUUCAACGAUCCCAAAACAACGCGAACCAGAUUGUGACGAGGAAGAAACCAAAAACGGAGAGAAUUUUCGAUUUCUAGAGAGAGAAGCAAAUAGAUAGAGAGAGAGAGACAGACAUGAAGAUCACGGCGCUUGUUGUAUUGAAGUGCACUCCGGAGGGAUCGGAUCCGAUUAUUUUAGCAAACGCCUCCGAUGUGAGUCGUUUUGGGUACUUUCAAAGGUCCAGCGUCAAAGAAUUCAUUGUUUUUGUCAGCCGGACAGUCGCCAAACGGACUCCUCCCGGCCAACGUCAGUCCGUCCAGCACGAAGAGUACAAUGUGCAUUCUUACAAUAGAAAUGGCCUAUGUGCGUUGGGUUUUAUGGACCCUCAUUAUCCAGUUCGAAGUGCAUUUUCGGUUCUCAAUCAGGUGAUUGAUGAGUAUCAGAAGAAUUUUGGAGAUUCUUGGAGGUCUGCCCAGGAAGAUAACUCUGAACCUUGGCCUUAUUUGGCUGAAGCUGUGACCAAGUUUCAAGAUCCUGCGGAGGCGGACAAGUUGUUGAAAAUUCAGAGGGAGUUGGAUGAGACAAAAAUUAUCCUUCAUAAAACUAUUGACAGUGUCCUUGCACGAGGUGAGAAAUUGGACAGUCUAGUUGAGAAGAGUUCAGAUCUGAGCGCUGCUUCUCAGAUGUUCUACAAGCAAGCAAAAAAAACCAAUCAAUGUUGCACCGUACUGUAACCUACCAAAGCAAGCAGCAUAAGGUAAUAUGCAAAUUCACUUGUUAUAGUGCUGUGGUGGAUAGAAAAUGUGAUUGUAAUAUGUUAAUAUAUCAUUUUAUCUAUUGUUUGUCAGACUCUGUAAUAUCCACUUCUUGAUAUUUUCUCUUGGAUCAGAAAAAAAAAAAAAAAAAAAAAAA